AUGGAGGUCACUUCGCCCGCCGUGCCGAGCCCUGGGGCUUCCGCCAACGGCGUAACAUCCUCCCCGACCUUCCCUACUAUCGAACCGGAACGCGUUGUCGAACAUCUCGCCUCCGUCUGUGAGGUCGCACUUGGAGCUACACGAGAUGAACUCGAACAAAUGGGAAGCUUGCUGCAUAAGUCCCGCUAUAGCGAGACUAUUUCACGAUGCACACGCUUUGCGAGCGAUACUCAGAAUGUGCUUUACAUCCAGAAAGAUUUCGCAAAUUCAUCUGCAGUUGAGCCUGGAGCUGACCCUUCUUCGCCCGUCUCUUACAACUACACCUUGUCGACCGAGAUCUCAUCGUCCCCGACAACUGUCGCUUCUCUUGUCCUCAUCAAGUCUCCCCAGCCUAUAGACCCAGCUCGACCCCUUACAUCACAAAUAUUUAUUACUAAUUUACCUGGUCCUGCAUCUCUCAACGCUGGAGUUGGAGAACAGGGCUCGGUACUCUCUCCUUGGGAGGUUCUUCAUUCUCAGGUCCACCAUGCCCUGGUACCCUACUUUGAUGCCAACACGAAGAGCCAGCAACUGGCGAACGGAUCAAGAGGUCGAGCUGAUGUUGACGCAAAGACUGGCAUUCCUGUAACGAAGAAGCGAUUGAACGAUUUGGAACUGAGCUUGCUGCAUCUCCAGCAGAACGUUGAUAUCCCUGAGAUAUCCCUUACGUUUCAUUCUAUCGUUCAGAAUGUCCUCGAUGACGCCGAGGCUCAUAACAACCGGCCUUCCAUCGAUGGAAUUCCACAGAACCUUCUCCAGGACAGUACCUUUCUCAACCGAUUGCAAGCAAACGUCAACACCUGGAUCAAGUCUAUCCAAGGAAUCACCAAGCUGACCAAGGACCCUUCAUCAAAUGCGAACCAGGAAUUCAGCACCGCGAGCCAGGAAGUCAAUUUCUGGUUGUCCAUGGAGUCAGCUCUGGAGGGCAUCGAGGGCCAGCUCCGUAGUGAGGGCGUGCUCUUGACGCUUGAGAUUCUCAAGCACGCCAAGCGUUUUCAGGCCACCGUCAGUUUCACGGCUGACACUGGUUUGAAGGAGGCUAUGGAUAAGGUGCAGAAGUACAACCAGCUUAUGCGAGAUUUCCCCCUCGACGAGUUGCUGUCUGCUACUUCCCUGCCGAAAGUGGGGGAAGCCAUUCAUCAGAUCUUCAGCCAUCUGAACAAAAAGCUGAGGAUCUGCCCUUACCCUAUCCGUAGAGCUCUUCCUCUUGUCGAGGCUAUCUCUGCUGAUCUCGAUGAUGUGCUUCAUAGGCUGCUGACAGGAACUGAAUUGGUUAAUCUGGAUUAUCAGCAAUUCAAGAACAUCAUGCAAACAUGUGACCAGAUUUUCCAGAUUUGGGAAGAAAACGUCAAGGAGUUCACCAAUGUAGCUCGUGAGGUAACCCGACGAAGAAACGAGAAAUUCAUUCCCAUCAAGAUUGUCAAAAAGCAUUCCGAACUUGAGACGAGAAUCAAGUAUGUCAGCACUUUCCGCGACAACCACGAGCAGCUCCAGCGUACGAUCGUCACCGUCCUUGGCCCUCAAGCAACUAUUCCUGGCGUUUCCGAGGCCACCGAAUUCAAUGGCAUCAUUGUUGAAGAGAUUGGUAAUGUCGAUGCUGUGGAGGAGGUUAAGCAGGCUUGGGAGGCUCUUCAGAAUGUUGAUCUUCUGGAUGUUACAGACCAGGGCAAGGAACGAUGGGUACGAGCCGAGAACCUCUACAACGAGCGUACGACCCGUGUAGAGAACUCCAUCAUCCGCAGACUUCGAGAGCGACUGGCCACAGCAAAGACUGCAAACGAGAUGUUCCGAGUAUUCUCCAAAUUCAACGCCCUUUUCGUGCGCCCAAAGAUUCGUGGCGCCAUUCAGGAAUACCAGAACCAGCUCAUGGACCACGUCAAGCAAGCGAUCAACGGCCUCCAUGAGCGGUUCAAGCAACAGUAUGGCCAUUCAGAAACUCACGCUAUGGCUCAACUACGCGAUCUCCCUCCUGUUUCGGGUGCUAUCAUCUGGGCUCGUCAGAUUGAGUUCCAGCUUGAUGGAUACAUGCGAAAGGUUGAAGCUGUUCUUGGUCCGGACUGGACUCUGCACGCCGAAGGCCAUAAGCUUCAAGAGGAGAGCGAACUAUUCAAGCAGAAACUCGACACGAGCCGAAUCUAUGAUGCCUGGCUAAAUGACGUCGGAAGACGCAAGAUUUCAAUUUCGGGACAGCUUUUCGAUAUUGCUCGUGUAAGAUCCGCUGGUGGUAUUCUUGAGCUUGCUGUGAACUUUGACCCGCAAGUCAUCACCUUGUUCAAGGAGACUCGUAAUCUUACUUGGCAAUCGUACUCAGUCCCACAUGCUGUGACGACUGUAUCCAAGGAUGCGAAGCGAGUCUAUCCCUAUGCUGUCAGCCUCAUGGAGAGUGUGAGAACCCUUUCACAGACUCUGCGUCAAAUUUCUGCCAUGGGAGAGGAGUCUGUUCUUCUUAAUGGUUAUCGAAAUGAUGUUUACAGGCUCAUCGGGGAGGGUGUACCGCUACGAUGGGAAUCCUUCAUUAACUCGCAUGAGUUAUUCUACUCUGAAAAUAGACAGACUCGCCCUUUGUUGCCCGGUGGAACCGAUUUCGGCCUGGCCAAGAAUACCGAGAGCAAGCAUGGUAUGUUUAUCCGUGGAUUUGCAGCAGCUGUAUCGGUUCUCCAGCAGAAGGCAGUCUCUUUGAACUUCAUCCAUACUACUGUUGAACAAGCCCUGAAGGAACUCAACACUUGCCCCUAUGACGAAGCUGCGUUCCAUAGUCGCUUGGAUACGAUUCAAUCGGCUGUGGAUCAACUGAACCUGGAACAAUAUGUCAACCUAGACUUCUGGGUGCGAGAACUGAACGCCAAGAUUCAGUCUAUCCUCCUGACUCGCCUUCAGAGUGCAGUUCACUCGUGGAUCACCGCAUUUGAGGAUGAUACACCCGAAGAGGAAACUCGUCGAAAGACCAAUACUGAUGAGACCAAGUCCGAAACGCCCACAAUGAAGCGUCUUGUUCUUGAAGUGGUCAUGCGUAACCAAGUAAUUUAUCUUGACCCUCCCCUGGAGUUUGCGCGUGCGAGCUGGUUCCUUCACCUUCAUGAGUGGCUUGGAAUUGUCUGCAACCUCCGCAAGAUCAAGGCCACCCGCUAUCAGAUGAGUCUCACUACUGGUGCUCACGAUGAGGCCCGGUUUACCGACCUACCCACCGAGUGCGCCGGACUUCUGCAGCGUGUAUAUAUUUCGGUUGAGAAGAAGCUUCAGGAGAUUAGUGCGUAUGUUGACAAAUGGCUUCAGUUUCAGUCACUCUGGGACCUUCAGUCUGAACAAGUUUACGAUGCUCUCGGCGAGCCACUCCCUCGAUGGCUUCAGCUUUUACAGGAUCUCCGCAAAAACCGCUCAACUUUUGACACGCAAGAGGUUAGCCGGGAAUUUGGACAUCUCACUGUUGAUUAUGAUCAAGUGCAGACCAAGGUCAACGCGAAGUAUGACCAGUGGCAACAUGAAAUUCUGAUGAAGUUCGCCAGCCGCCUUGGCAAUCGCAUGCGCGACAUUAAUGCAGAGAUUGAGAAGGCGCGCAAGCACCUCGAGAGUCAAAGCUCCGACGCCUCAUCAACUGCACAGGCCGUGCAAUUCAUCACAGUCGUUCAGAGUUGCAAACGCAACGUGAAAGCAUGGGCGCCCGAGAUUGAUAUGUUUCGUCAAGGACAAUCCAUGCUUGUAAGACAACGAUACCAGUUCCCUAAUGACUGGCUUCACAUUGAGCAGAUAGACAGCCAGUGGGAGGCUUUGAAGGAGAUUCUCGAGAAGAAGUCAAGAAUCGUUCAAGAACAAAGCGAUGCUUUAAGAGCCAAGAUCACUGCUGAGGAUAAGUUGGUCAACGAACGAAUUGCCGAGAUUGCCGCCCAAUGGAAUGAAGAGAAGCCAGUGUCUGGCACCAUUCAACCUGACGUUGCUUCCGCUACCUUGUCUUCCUUCGAGGCACGCAUCUCGAAGUUGCAGGACGAUGCCCAAAUGGUUGUCAAGGCUAAAGAAGCCCUCGAUAUCCCUGCUAGCAUGGAUACUUCUCUUGAGUCUACUCUGGAGGAGGUAAGGGAUUUCCAGUCUGUUUGGUCGAACCUUUCUACUAUAUGGGCGAGUCUCAAUGAAACACGAGAUAUUCUCUGGACUGCUGUCCAACCACGAAAGAUCCGGUCCAAGGUUGACGACCUUAUCAAGAGUACCAAGGACAUGCCAAGCAGGAUGCGCCAGUAUGCCGCUUUCGAGCAUGUGCAGGGAAUUCUGCGUGGCUUCCUCAAGGUCAACCCCAUCUUAUCCGACCUGAAGUCUGACGCUAUCCGCGAGCGUCACUGGGUUAAGAUCUAUAAACAGAUUAAGCCCCAUAAACGAUUUUCUCCUAGCUCCAUGACUCUUGGUGAUGUUUGGGAUCUUAACCUGAUUGCGACCGAAGUCAUCGUCAAAGAUAUUAUUGCCCAAGCCCAGGGUGAGAUGGCCCUCGAGGAAUUUCUAAAGCAAGUUCGCGAGACUUGGCAGAACUACGCAUUGGAGAUGGUCAACUAUCAGAACAAGAUCCGCCUCAUCCGCGGCUGGGACGAUCUUUUUGCCAAGUGCAGCGAAAACCUCAACUCACUUCAGGCGAUGAAGCACUCCCCUUACUACAAAGAGUUUGAGGAAGAAGCUGUGUCUUGGGAAGACAAGCUCAACCGUGUUCAUGUGCUCUUUGAUGUCUGGAUUGAUGUCCAGCGUCAGUGGGUUUACCUCGAGGGUGUCUUCACUGGUAACGCUGAUAUCAAGCACCUCCUCCCUAUUGAGUCUGGACGCUUCCAGAAUAUCAACAGCGAGUUCCUGGCUGUUAUGAAGAAAGCCAACAAGUCACCAUACGUAUUGGAAGUUCUCAACAUUCCUAACGUGCAAAAAUCAUUGGAACGGCUUGCUGAAAUGCUUAACAAGAUCCAGAAGGCUCUUGGCGAGUAUCUAGAGAAGGAACGUGUUUCAUUCCCUCGAUUCUACUUCGUGGGUGACGAAGACUUGCUCGAGAUGAUUGGUAACAGUAACGACACGUUACGCAUUGCCAAGCACUUCAAGAAAAUGUUUGCGGGCCUAUCAGGGCUCGUCAUGGACGAUGAGACUGUUAUAUCUGGCUUCACUUCCAAAGAGGGUGAGGUGGUUCGGUUGAAGAAAGAUAUUUCUUUGGCGAAAACCCCCAAAAUCAACGACUGGCUAGCCCUUUUGGAGGGUGGCAUGAAGUCAACCCUUGCCGAGCUCCUCGCUGAGGCUGUCGAUCAUUACACCCCUAUCUUCGAAUCAGAGAAGAUUGAUCGUGAUGCAUUAAAUGCGUUCAUGGAUGCCUAUCCCAGUCAGAUUGUAGUUCUAGCCACGCAAGUUGCUUGGACCACAGCUGUCGAACAAUCGCUUUCUGAUGGCGGCAGUAAUUUGAAGAUGCUGUUUGAUCGGGAGGUUGAAGUUCUCCGUGUGCUUGCAGACACCGUCCUUGGCGAACUCGAAGUUAUCCUGAGGAAGAAAUGUGAACAGCUGAUUACAGAAUGUGUCCACCAGCGUGAUACAAUUGAGAAGCUUAUCAACGCUAAUGCUAGUUCCACCAGCCAUUACCUUUGGCAGCUACAAAUGAGAUACAUCUACAAUCCUGAUGGCGAGUUUCUCGACCGCCUUUACAUCAAGAUGGCAAAUGCCAAACUCAACUAUGGUUUCGAAUACCUGGGAGUUCCGGAACGUCUUGUUCGCACACCGCUGACUGAUCGUUGUUUCCUUACUCUUACUCAAGCUUUGUGCCAACGUCUUGGUGGUUCUCCUUAUGGACCCGCUGGUACAGGUAAGACAGAGUCAGUCAAGGCUCUCGGUGUGCAGCUGGGUAGAUUCACCCUUGUCUUCUGCUGUGACGACACUUUCGAUUUCCAAGCUAUGGGUCGCAUUUUUCUUGGUAUCUGCCAGGUUGGUGCUUGGGGUUGCUUCGACGAGUUCAAUCGUCUGGAAGAACGAAUCCUCUCGGCCGUCUCUCAACAGAUUCAGAACAUCCAGCUGGGCCUAAAGCAAGGAGCUGAAGAUGAUCAAUCGCAAAUUGAGUUGGUCGGCCGCCAGCUCCAUGUCAACGAAAACACAGGUAUCUUUAUCACCAUGAACCCUGGCUAUGCUGGUCGCUCCAACCUGCCCGACAACUUGAAGAAGCUUUUCCGAAGCGUCGCCAUGUCCAAGCCAGAUAAGGAGCUCAUCGCUGAAGUUAUGCUUUACUCCCAAGGCUUUAACCAAGCCAAGCAAUUAUCCAAACACACGGUUCCCUUCUUUGACCAAUGUUCUGGCAAACUGUCCAAGCAAGCACAUUACGAUUUCGGCCUGCGUGCGCUGAAGAGUGUUCUUGUCAGUUCCGGUGGUUUGAAACGUGCUCGUCUGGGUGAGGGCAGUCUGGGAGCCGAAGAGGUCGUCGAACCCGAAAUUCUUGUGCAAAGUAUCCGAGAAACCAUUGCACCUAAGCUGAUCAAGUCCGAUGUCGACAUCAUGAUGACUAUUGAAGCCGAUUGCUUUCCUGGUGUGCAGUACGUUCCAGCCAACCUUGUGGAAUUGGAAGAUGCCAUCCGAACCCUCGCUGCCGAACGUCACCUUGUGGUCAACGAGCUUUGGAUGACAAAGAUUCUCCAGCUGUACCAGAUUCAGAAGAUCCACCACGGUGUGAUGAUGGUCGGCAACUCUGGCUCUGGAAAAUCAGCAGCCUGGAGACUUUUGCUUGAUGCACUCCAAAAGGUCGAGGGCGUUGAGGGCGUCUCACAUGUCAUCGACUCCAAGGUCAUGUCCAAGGAGGCUCUGUACGGAAAUCUUGACUCUACCACUCGCGAGUGGACCGAUGGUCUGUUCACUAGCAUCCUCCGAAAGAUCGUCGACAACCUCCGUGGUGAGGAUUCCAAGCGACACUGGAUUGUAUUCGAUGGUGAUGUUGAUCCUGAGUGGGUCGAAAAUCUGAACAGUGUUCUUGACGACAACAAGCUUCUCACGCUUCCAAACGGAGAGCGCCUCAAUCUACCCUCCAACGUCCGAAUCAUGUUUGAAGUCGAGACGCUCAAAUAUGCAACACUGGCUACAGUCAGUCGUUGCGGUAUGGUCUGGUUUAGUGAGGACACUGUGUCACCCAACAUGAUGGUUGAAAACUAUCUGUCCACACUCAGCAGCGUUCCCUUUGAGGACUUGGAUGAAGACAGCGUUGCCACCGGCCAAAACCCUGCUAAGACUUUGUCUGUGCAGAGCGAGUUUGCUGCCUUGCUUCGUAUCUACCUUACCGAGGAGGAUCUGAUUCUCCAGGCCCUGAAGCGAGCCGAGGCCUACAACCACAUCAUGGAGUUUACAGUCGCACGUGUUUUGACUACUCUUUUCUCACUGCUCAAUAAAGCAGUUCGUGAUGCAAUUGAAUACAAUGGCCAGCAUUCCGACUUCCCUCUUGAGUCUGAACAGAUAGAAGCGUUUAUCUCAAAGAAGCUUCUCUUGGCACUCGUUUGGGCCCUCACCGGUGAUUGCCCCCUGAAUGACAGAAAGGCCUUCGGCGACGAGCUUUGUGCUUUGGCAAACUUUGGUUCACCUCCUCUUGAUGGCACAAGCUCACUCAUCGACUUCGAUGUUACUUUACCUAAAUCCGAAUGGGCACCAUGGCAAAACCAGGUUCCUUCUGUGGAAGUCAACACUCAUUCUAUUACCCAGACCGAUGUGGUCAUUCCUACUCUGGAUACUGUCCGCCACGAAGAUGUUCUGUACUCGUGGCUUGCCGAGCACAAGCCGCUACUCCUCUGCGGUCCUCCUGGUUCUGGUAAGACAAUGACUUUAUUCAGUGCACUUCGGAAGCUGCCAAACAUGGAGGUCGUCGGCCUGAACUUCUCCAGUGCAACCACACCCGAUCUGCUCAUCAAAACCUUUGAGCAAUACUGCGAGUACAAGAAGACAUUGAACGGUGUGAUGCUAUCCCCAACCCAAAUCGGUCGAUGGCUUGUUGUUUUCUGCGAUGAGAUCAACUUGCCCGCACCAGAUAAAUACGGAACUCAGCGCGCCAUAUCCUUCCUGCGCCAAAUGGUCGAGCACAACGGUUUCUGGCGAACGUCCGAUAAGUCCUGGGUUACACUCGACCGCAUUCAAUUUGUUGGUGCCUGCAAUCCUCCUACAGAUGCUGGACGUACCCCUAUGGGUGCUCGAUUCCUCCGACACGCACCUUUGAUCAUGGUCGACUAUCCUGGUGAACUGUCCCUCAACCAAAUUUACGGCACCUUCAAUUCCGCUGUUCUCAAGAUCGUCCCAUCUCUCAGGGGAUACUCUGAGGCUCUUACUCAUGCCAUGGUUCGCUUCUAUCUCGAAUCUCAACAGAGGUUCACGCCAAAGAUUCAGCCCCACUAUGUAUACAGUCCCCGUGAGCUAACGCGAUGGGUUCGUGGCGUUUACGAAGCUAUUCGACCUCUGGAGGCCUUAUCUAUUGAAGGUCUGAUCCGAAUCUGGGCUCACGAAGCUCUUCGUUUGUUCCAGGAUCGUCUGGUUGCUGAAGACGAGCGACAGUGGACCGACGAAAGUGUGCGCCGCAUCGCACUUGAAUACUUUCCCAACAUCGACGAGGAGAAGGCCCUGGGAGGGCCUAUUCUGUUCUCGAACUGGUUGUCCAAGAAUUACGUUCCGGUUGACCGUGAACAGCUAAGAGAUUUUGUCAAGGCGAGAUUGAAAACGUUUUGUGAAGAGGAGGUUGACGUUCCUCUAAUUCUGUUCAACGACGUCUUGGAGCAUGUGUUGCGCAUUGAUCGUGUCUUCCGGCAGCCCCAGGGUCAUCUUAUCUUAAUUGGUGUGAGUGGUAGUGGCAAAACCACCUUGUCUCGUUUCGUGGCCUGGAUGAACGGCCUCAAAGUCUUCCAGAUCAAGGUCCACGGCAAGUAUUCUGCUGAGGACUUUGAUGAUGAUCUUCGAGACGUCCUUCGUCGUUGUGGCUGCAAGGGUGAGAAGAUCUGCUUUAUCAUGGAUGAGUCAAACGUUUUGGAUUCAGGAUUUCUCGAAAGAAUGAACACUCUCCUCGCCAACGCCGAAGUGCCAGGUCUUUUGAAGGAGACGAAUACGCUGCUCUUAUGA